AUGUCCGUCUCACGCACAACCAUCACACCCUCGAUGCAAGCACUCCGCGUUCUGCAGAGACUGGCUUUCCCACCGUCCUCCGUCUCCAGGCCAGCGUUAUCAUGCCAUCCUCAUAAUGGUAGCCGCAAGGCAACACACACCGCACGCCACUUCCACGCUACGCCAACCGCGCACUCAUCCUCCUCACGACCCCUCCCAACACCCACACCCUCACCAUCCCGCCCUCCAAUCAACCGCUGCCAACGAAACCCCUACGCGCCCUCCCUAACCCGCUCCCGCGGCCCCGCCAGCACCGAGUCCACCGCCCUCAGCGACUUCUCCAGCCUAGACAUCUUCUCCAGCUCCUCCACCCCACCGCCCGCAAUCAGCGUCGACGCGACCUUACACGACGGAUUCCACCUCUCCAAUGGACUCAAGACAGGUGGGCUGACAGCGAAAGAGAGGGUCGGGAAGGAAGAGUCGCCGGGCUUGAUGUUGUUGGGCGGUGAGGCCUUCUUGUGGCGGCCGUGGACAGCCUCAGAGGCUGGCACUGGUGGAGGGGGGCGAGUUUGA